CUCUCCAUCCUGCUAUGUUAACACACCUACUCUGUAGUGGCAGUAGUAGUAAAGGUCCUCUUUCUGAUUUGCAAUAUUUUUACAAUGUUGCUGCAAGCUGGAUUCAUCCCACAAGCCCUUGAAACUUGUUCAAGGGUGAAUUAUUUUAAUAAGGAGGUAAUGAAUGGGCUGACCGGCUACUGCCGGUGCUGUGUCUCAUGGAACAUCUUUGUGACAAAGGUAGUUUCACCCUGUAAGCUGACGAGGACAGGAGACCCACCCCACAGCGUUUCACCACCUUCUAUAAUUAACAGUCCACACCAUUGGUUACUGGAGGCCUGCGGUCUAUAUUGGGAACGGCCAGUGGAGCACCAGCAGCGGGGGAGAAGCAGCCUGGAGCCAGUGGGGUCUGAACCUAGCAAGCCUGCAACCAGCCUCAUGUCCGUGUCUCAGAUCACCUCAACCCUGUUCCUGGGCGAUGCUGAGUGCGCCACGGACCACGCCCUGGUGUCCCGCAAACGCAUCACACUCAUCAUCAAUGCCACGCUGACACACUGCCGUCCUUCACACCGUGGCGUGGAGUUCGUCCGAGUUCCUGUCCCGGACCUCCCUCACGCCCGUCUGAGUGACCACUUUGACAGGGUGGCUGAGUGUAUCCAUAACAACCAGGUGGGAAGCACACUGGUGCACUGCGCCGCUGGCCGGAGCCGCUCCCCAGCCCUGGUCAUGGCGUAUCUGAUGCGGUACAGAGGAAUGACACUGAGUGAAGCUCACCGCUGGGUCCGCGACCGGCGCCCAUACAUCUGCCUCAACGCUGGCUUCUGGGACCAGCUGCUACUUUACGAGAAGAGGCUCUACGGGAAAAACACGGUGCAGCUGGCUACUCCACCCCCGUGGCUGUAGGACCUUGCCCUGGUGAGAUUCAU